GCAUUGCUCGUCCCCGCAAAUUGCCCACAGACGCAUCAAGAGUAUAUAAUGCACAGACACAUUCAUGAGUAUUUGAAUCCCCCCUUUCCUACUGCAAAACGGUUAACUGCAGUGAUCUGACAUACAAACACGAGAAGCAACAUAAACACAUCAACCGCCAAAGAUGGUUCGUGUCCUGAUCACCGGCUCGGCCGAUGGCUUCGGCCUGGAGGCUGCCCGCCAACUAAUUAAGCGGAACCACACCGUCUAUCUACACGCUCGCAACCAGAAGCGUGCAGAAGACGCGAAGACAGCAUGCCCGGAUGCCGCUGGAGUGUUCGUGGCAGACCUGUCAGUCAUGGCCGAGAUCCACAACUUUGCCAAGGAAGUUCAGUCCGUUGGCGAGCUCGACGCCAUCAUACACAACGCCGGCAUGCUGUACGGUCCGUUUCGCAAGACCGCCGAUAGCGGUGUCCCCGCCAUGGCCGCGGUCAACGUCCUGGCGCCUUACAUGUUGGCCUGCCUCUUGCCGAUCCCGAAGCGCUUGAUCUUUAUCGCCUCCCAGCUGCACCGCCAGGCCAAUACCAACGUGGAUGAUAUCUUCUGGCAACAGCGCGGCGAGGCCGAUUUCCAGGAUUUCCAGGCCUAUUGCGACUCGAAGCUGCAUGUCAUUCUCCUGACAAAUGCUGUGGCGAGGAGAUUCCCUGGUGUCUCGGUGCUCUCUGUCCAUCCCGGCUGGGUCGCGACAAAGCUGGGCGGAGAAGGUGCCCCAGAUAAGCUGGAGGAUGGUGUGGAGACGUACGUGGGACUUGCAGAGGGCGACUAUGACCAGAGUCUGACUGGCGCAUACUUUGAACCGAAAAUGCGUUUGGGUGAACCGCUCGCCGUAUCCAAGGACGUGACUCUUCAGGAGAAGGUAGUCGAGGCCUGUGAGGCUGUGUCUGGCCUCAAGCUCCCCGAGCUGAAGUAGGAGUGUGCUUCGGGUAGCACAGCAUGUAGGCAUGUAGAAUUGCUGGUUGCCGACAUGAAUAUAUUAUAUCUAGCUGAGA